AUGCAGGAGGAACAAGAAAGGCAUUCGUCGAUUUCCUCUACAGCGACUCCCAUUCUCCCAUCUGAUAAUGUCGCUGAGAGGAACGAUGACAUAAAUACAAAUGAAAAUGGUACUCCUUCUUCUUCUGCUACUUCUGUCGAUAAAAAUACAGCUACAGCUACUCAUGCCAACAAUACUGAAGGCUCUAAUGAUGAUCGUGGUGAUGAUAAUGAUAAUGAUAACAAUAAUUCCGCCAUCCUUAUCGAAAGUGAUCCAGAAGAAGACGCAAGAAUACGUGAAGAAUCAAGGCAGAUUAGUUUAGUACCUGAUCGUCGUAUCGGGAGACCUCGUGAUGCAUUACAUCGAUUUAUAAGUACUAAUCCUAAUAAUACCAACACAACCAGUCGACGUGAUGCACAAGAAGAGAAUGAAGAAAAUGAUGAAAAUGAUGACGAUUUUGCGAUUAUGGACGAAAUCAUUGAUCCCACUCACAAUAACAAUAAUAUUAACGAAAUUGGUCCCAUUGAUCCAACAGCAGAGUAUGUCGAUUUAGAUGCUGAACCUGAAUAUAUUACAAAUUCACGACCAAGAACUAUAAUCAUUAAUAACAAUAGUAGCAAUAAUAACAUUGAAAACUCCAAUGGUGAUGCCAAUGAUGAUGAUGAUGAUGAAGUCAUGAUUCUAGAAGAAAGGACAUCUACACCUACCGUAACGUUGAAUCUACCUGGUGGUGAAAGAUUAAGAAUUAAUGCUGAUCCGAAUGAGAGGCCGACAAGGAGUUCAUUUGAAUCAUUAAAUGAAAACAUUGUCCCAUUAUCACGUCGUCAACUUCUUAGGAGAGCUACUCGGAGAGCAACAAAUUCUUUAUUCUUUCAUGGUAGUGAUGAAAAUGAAAGUGAUAAUGACACCGAUGAAGUUAGUUUACCUGCAAGUAUACUGGGUAUGCGCCAAAGAGCUCGAAUGAUGGCUAUGCAAGAAAGGCAAAGGCAAAGACAAGGACAAGGGCAAGGGCACUCAGCACCUGAUACUAGUGGUAAUAGUGUUGAUAAUACUAGUACCAAUCGUAAUUUAAUCAAUUUAAGAGAAAGAAUUCAUACAUAUCCUCCGGAUGUUCGAGGUGCAUUUGAUCAUGCCCAAUCAUUACAAGAAUUUACAUCAAUCGUUCAAAGUGUGGCACCAACAACUUUUGCAGAAUGUUCAGAUGAUUUGAUUUCUUUGUUCACUCAAUAUAGAGGUCAAGUUAUGGCUGAUUGGACAUUAAGACGAAUUAGACAAUCUCAACGUGAUAAUGAAAGGUUACUUCGGGAAAGGCAUGCUCGCGUACGUUCAACAAUUAGAGCUAAUAAUAGGCAUUUCGGCUCCAAUUUAGCAAGUUUUUUUCUUAUGAACCAAUUAGGCUUGGGCUAUGGUGACGUUGGGGCUGCGGAUGAUGAAGAUGAUGGUGACUAUGGGAUAGGAGAAGAAGAUAACGACACAGGGAGAGCUGCCGGAGCAUACGGUUAUGAAUAUGAAGAUGAUGAUGCACACACGCAGAAUAUCAUUAAUAUGAUUCAACGUAGAGAAGAUGCAGAACGUGAUUCAAGGACUAAAGGGUUCAUGAGUAAAACCAAACCACAACAAGACGGGUUCAAGAAACGUGCGUUAGCAUUACCUGAAGGUUAUAGUUCAUCAUUCUCGACGGAACCAAAGGUUAAAAUGACUGUGAAGAAAAAUGGUAAAGAUGAAACUGUUAUAAUGGAAGAUGUAGACUUGGCGAAAUAUUGGAUGGAUGUUCCUGCAUGCAUUUUGUGUGGUGUUGAGUUGGGCGUUGGUAUACCGAAAGACUUCGUAGGUACUAGUGAUAAGGAUCAUGGUGUUUCGUUUGAAUUUCUUGUUUCUAAAUACGAUUUCCAUUGCCCUUAUCAAAGUUUAUCAAAACCAUCUCAGUUAGACCGUGACUUAUCACAAAAAGUUUAUGUUGCUUCAUGUGGUCAUACAUUUUGCGGACGCUGUUACGUUAGAAUUGAUAAUGCAAAAUCGAAAUCGAAAUUACCCAAGAAAAAAUUAGCAGAAUUGAAAGGGUCAUCACAUCCAGAUAAUUAUGGUCCAAAGACUUGUCCUGGGCCGUCAUGUAAAACCCUACUAAGAUCUAGAGGUAGAAUGCGGGAAAUUUAUUUCUAA